CUUAUAUUAACCUGGAUGAAACUAGAGAUGAUUCUUCUAAGUGAAAUAUAACACGAGUGGAAAAACAAACACGGGAAUUGCACAAUGAGGAUUUUCAUAUCCUUCGAAGGAUCUUUUGAACCGUUUGAAGUUUCAGCAGAUGAAACUGUGGAGGCUGUCAAGAUGAUGGUAAAGGAUUAUUUCCACAUUCCUCUCUCUGAAGACAAACAAGGCAGGCGGUAUCUGGAGCUGAUGUACGCUGGAGCCGCUCUAAAGGACAGUUGGAGUCUUGCUGAUGUUGGAAUAUCUUUCUGCUCAACUCUCAAAUGCUUUGUUAAGGAAGAAGAUAAGCCUCUUCUCUGUGUGUUCAAUGGCGUGACCCAAGAGACAAUGCCAAUAAUGGAGGGCAUUUCCCUUCUUGGUAAAAAAGUGUCUGAGCUGAGAACACUGGUGACUCUGAGAUGUGGCCUACCCGUGAGUGUUUACUGUCUCCGCACCCCAAAGGGACUGGAGAUGUACGACUGCAACCCCCUCCAGGACUACCAGAUUAAUAUCGGCACAACACUUCGGUUGGACGUCUGGGAUGGAUGGAAGGAAUUUCUCAUGGGUUGUAUCCUUGGACAAAAACUUAAAGUCCAACGCUAUUUAUCAACAGAAGGACCGAUACUCAAGUAUCAAAAGAGGGUGGCCCUGUACAUUGCUGCCUUUUAUGGCCAUGUGGAGCUCACUGAAUGGGCCCUGAAGCAGGGUGUGCAGCCUCAUGAGGCAGUUGGUGUUCACCCCUAUCGAGCAUGGUGCCAUGACGCCCUUCACGCAGAUAUCUCGAAAUGCCCCAUUCAUGCCGCUGCAGAAGCGGGCCAACUGUUGAUUCUAAAGGCCUUUGUCAACUGUAGUGUGUUGUCCUUGGAAUGCAAAAACACAGCAGGACAAACUCCCCUGAACAUUGCAUUCAAACACAAACAUAAAGACUGUGUAUUAUACUUGCUCAGUAAAAUGUGGUCCACGGUUUCUUUUCUGAAAAUUUCAGUCCCAAUGAGGAUUUAUAUUAAGAUAAAACAGUGGGUUCACAGAGCUAAAAGUCACAGUCUUCAUAAAAGCCAGCUCUGUGGAGCAAGGCUCUUUCCAGCAAAAGUUGGAGACACUGUUAUGGUGGAUGGUUUUAGCAAAUCGAAAAUGAACUCCAAGAGCUGGCACAAGGCUGGGAACAGGGAUCCACAGAACAACGUGCACAGGCUACCACCUCUGAAAGAACAAACCACCAACGGGAAACCAAGCAAUGCUUUGGCAAUUUCACACCCAGAUACAAAAGAACAAACCCUGAAAUUUCCUUCAGUGGUAGAUGCAAAUACAUCCUCUGAAUUACAAAGCCAUCGACAACAAAAUCAGAAAAAAUUUACUGCCACAUCUAGGAUAAAACAAAAGCUCAUAAAAAAUAUUUAUCUUCCCCAAGUCCCCCUCCCUCCAGUAUCAAGAGUGGGAUAUUCACACCCAUCGUUUUACUAUGCAACACCCAGUGCUGAUGUUUUACUAAGGUCCUCCCUAACAUCUUUCUCAGAACACAGUGGGAAGACUCCAAGAGAAAACGCGAUCUACUGCUUAGCUCUGGCAAGUGCCUUUAAAGAGAAACAAUGGCUUCAGCAGUUGGGAAUUGCAAGAGCCCUGGCCAAAAAGAGCAUUUCCAACCUGACUAUCCAUGGAGGCCUGACAACACAUGAGAAUCCUCCAGAAAUUGUGCUAUGAAAAGUCAUGACAAGCCUUGCUUGGACAAAGACCUGAUCAAUUAGAAUCUCCAGUUCUAAUGUUAUCAUUUCUAGUAACAGCGACAAUGCUAUCACCUCCACUCACCAGCAGUUCUAAUGCUAUACAACUUUUAAUAGGACUUUUUUUAAUUUAAUUUUUAAUUAAAUCAGUACUGUAUACAUUUGUGGGGUACAAUAUGUGGAAUGCUUAUAUUUAAUAUGUAACACCGUGUUUUCUUAGACUCUGUUAUCCUAAACGAAAAUUUAGGACUUUAACACAAUUUUUUUUUGCAUAAAGAUUCUGGGGAAGAACUCACAAGAAUCUGAGGACAGUAGUUUUCUGUGGGGUGGGAGA